AUGUUCCAUCUAUCUACAAAUUUGGCGGGUGAGCCGAAAGCCCUCAUACGGCAUCUGCCAAUUUCCGAGAAAAAUAACAAUAUAGCUUGGAAUAUUCUGUCAAAUCGGUAUGACAACAAACGACUCUUGGUGACAGCAUUACUCAAUAAAUUGUUAUCACAACCAAAUAUAACAAUUGAAUCAGCAAGCAGUCUUAAGGGCAUACAUGAUGUUACAAAAGAAUGUUAUUAUGGAUUAGCAGCUCAAGGUAUUGAUGUUAAAUCUUGGGACGCCAUAAUGGUUAACGUAAUUAUUAGAAAGCUAGACAAAGCUUCACAUACAGCAUUCGAGCAAUCGUUAGAAGACAGCCGAAGAAUAAUUUCAUUAAAAGAAUUAUUGCGGUUCCUAGAAGGAAGAUUUCAGGCAUUCGAAUCAAUGACGAAUGGAAACCACAAACAAAGUCACAAACCACGACAUCCAGCAGUAGCACUUGCAGCUACAGACUCAGGAUCAAAAUGUAUUACUUGCAAUAGUAGUCAUCAAUUAUUUUCAUGUGAAACUUUCAAACGUAAAUCCAUACAACAGAAGUAUGAUUUACUGAAACGUCAUAAAUUAUGCACAAACUGCAUGAAACCUGGUCAUAUGGCAUUACAAUGCUCCAGCAGGGGUUGUACUAUAUGCCAAAGAAGACAUAAUACACUGUUGCAUCAAAAUAGACACCCAGUUCAACCAUAA